AUGUUUGAAAUCUCAAAGAAGAUAUCUAAUGCUCAUGAAGAUGCUAUUUGGUCAGUGUCUUGGAGUGGUGAGCUCAUUGCUACUGCUGGUAUGAGUUCAAAGGUUAAGCUCUGGAACACAGCACCAGCAACAUUCCUGACAGAGAAGAAGUCAUUGGAUAAGAAUAUACUUGGUGUUUCAUCGAUUGACAUCAAUCUCGGUUACUUGGCUGCAAAUGGAUUGGACUCACAUGUUAGAGUUUGGAACUUGACCGACAACACCUUACACAAGGACGUCGACUUUGGUGCUUUUGGCACUUGGAUGUUGGCAUUCAGCCCAAACGGUGAACAGAUUGUCAGCGCAUCGCAAUCGGGUGCCAUCAACCUGUUGCAAGCAGAGACUGGCGAGAAGAAAGCUAUACAGGCGGCAAACGAUAAGGCUCUGAUGAGCGUCGCCUUUGCGCCCAAUGGAAAGUUGAUCGCCGUGGGUGGUGCCGACGGAUCGGUCACUGUCUACGAGGUGGACACUUGCAAGCAGAUCACUCGCUUCCAACAUCACAGCAUGCCAGUGAGGACACUUUGCUUCUCGCCAAACUCCUCCACUCUGUUCUCUGGCUCUGACGACAGCAAGAUCAAUAUGUACGAUCCACUGUCCCCUGGUCUGAUCGGCUCACUCCAGGGACACUCUAGCUGGGUGCUCUGUGUACGCGCCUCAAAGGAUGGCACCAAGUUAGCAUCAUCCUCAAGCGAUCGUACCGUCAAGAUAUGGGAUGUCGUCACCAAGAAGUGCGAUCAUACAUUCAAUGAGCAUGCUGAUCAGGUCUGGGGAGUGGCAUGGUCACCAGACAGCACCAAGUUGUUGUCAGUGUCAGAUGACUGCAGUAUGAUUGCCUACUCGAUUAGACAAUAA